GACUGGGGGUGGGAUCGGGGAGAGGACCUGGGGGGACACCGAGGGGACACCAGGGAGGGACCGGGGGACACCGAGGGGGGACACCAGGGAGGGACCGGGAGAGACGAGCGGGGAAUCCCGGGGGGGGGAGGGGAGCAGGACCAGGGGGUUCCCCCAGACCGAGGGGGGGUCCCCGAGGAUCCCCCAGAGCGACCGUGGGGGGGUCAGGGAUGUCCGAAGGGUCCCAUAAUUUUGAGGAGGGGGCUGCAGGGGGGGUGGGGUCCCGAUCUCCUUUUCCUCUUCAUCCGCGGGACUGAAGACCCCAAAAUUUGGGGACACCCCCUCCUCAUAAAGUGACACAUUUAGGGCAGGGGGACCAAGACCCCCUCCCCAAAAAAAAAAAGGGGGAUGGGGAGGGGGGAUUUGGAGGAUAACCCCCUCCUCCCUUAAAUUGUGACCCCAAAAAUCGGGGGAGGGGUCUCAGGAGGUGACAGGGGGUGACAAGGUCCGGUCCCCCCGGGGGUGGCCCCGCUGUCCCCGGUCCCUCCCAGCCCGGCUGGCAGCCAAGGUGUGACGUGACCUGCGACCUUCCCGGGGGGCACCGGAGCACCGGACACCCCCCCCCCAGCCCUAAAAUGGAGGAGAAAUCCCCCAAAAUCCCCGCCUGUGUACCCCAAUUCACCAACUGCCCCACCAUGGUGAUCCUGGUGGGUUUACCUGCCCGAGGUAAAACUUACAUCUCCCGAAAACUCACCCGGUACCUCAACUGGAUCGGAACCCCCACACGAGUGUUCAAUGUCGGGGAAUACCGCAGGGAAGCGGUGCCUGAUUAUAAAAAUUAUGAAUUUUUCCGGCACGAUAAUCCCGAAGGGGUGGAAAUUCGAAGGCACUGCGCUCUGGCCGCGUUGAAGGAUGUCCAGACUUACCUGAGCUCCGGGGAGGGGCAGGUGGCGGUUUUUGAUGCCACCAACACCACGCGGGAGAGGCGGGAGGUGAUCCUGGAGUUCGCCAAGGAGAACGGGUACAAGGUGCUGUUUGUGGAGUCCAUCUGUGACGACCCCGCCAUCAUCGAGGAGAACAUCAAGGUGACAGCCUGGGGCGGUGACAGUGGGGACAGGAGGUGACAAUGGGGGCUGGGAGGUGACAAUGGGGACAUGGAGGUGACAAUGGGACACGGAGGUGACAAUGGAGGCUGGGAGGUGACAGUGGGGACUGAGGAGGUGACAAUGGAGGCUGGGAGGUGACAAUGGGGACAGGAGGUGACAACAGAGCUGGGAGGUGACAGUUGGAGCCAAGAGGUGACAACAGGGACAUGGAGGUGACAUCUGGGGGCUGAGGGGUGACAAUGGGUACACUGAGGUGACAGCUGGAGCCAGGAGGUGACAACUGAGGCCUGGAGGGGACAGCAGGGGCUGGGAGGUGACAACUGGGACCUGAAGGUGACAACAAGGACCUGGAGGUGACAGCUGGAGCCAGGAGGUGACAAGAGGGACAUGGAGGUGACAGCUGGGACAUGGAAGUGACAGCUGGGGCUGGGAGGUGACAACAGGGACAUGGAGGUGACAAUUGAGGCCUGGGGGUGACAAGGACCUGGUGGUGACAACUGAGGCCUGGAGGUGACAGCAGGGGCUGGGAGGUGACAGCUGGGACCUGGAGGUGACAAUGGAGGCCUGGAGGUGACAAUGGGGACCUGGAGGUGACAAUGGGGACCUGGAGGUGACAAUUGAGGCCUGGAGGUGACAAUAGAGGCCU